AUGACAAGGCUGAUUUCAGGGCUCUUCAUCACUCCAGUGAUGAAGCUCUUCUACAUUAAAGCUGCGCCACUCAAUACGACACUACUCUCCUUUGUGGACGACAGGACUAUCCUGGCCCAGUCCAAACACUUUGAUGAUAAUAAUGUGGGCCUGCAUAUGGCUUACAAGAUUAUCUACCUCCUCUUUGUUGCAUUCGCACUCGUCCUUCAACACGACAAGACUGAGCUGUUUCAUUUCUUGCGUCAGUGUGAUGCCUACAAUCACUCGCUUAAUUUGGGGUAUGCCCAACAUACAGGCACUACAUCUUUGAAGCCCAAGACCUACUGGCAGUACUUGGGCUUCUACUUUGACCGUGGGCUCACUUUCUAUGAGCAUGUUCGCUACUAUGCCACCAAGGCAUUCACCACCGUACAAGCCAUAUUGUGUGUGGUUCCUAUUGCCACAUACAGCUAUUGUCUCUGGUAUUUUAAUGGUGCCCAUAACAAAGGGGCCAUCAACCAGCUCAAACAGAUGCAGUGUAAAGCUGCUCUAUGGAUCAUGGGUGCCUUCCACACCUCACCUACAGGUGGUCUUGAAGCCCUUGCAGGCCUCAUCCCCAUCCAUCUUAUGCUGAAGAAGUUGGCGAUUGGUGCUCAAUGGCAGCCCACUCGCUAUCUACAGAACACGUACGCUAUGUGA